CGCCAAUUGCCAAUUGUUAUCAUCGCCAUCACCCCCAGACUCCGACUCUUCCUUUCCAUCUUUAACAUGAAAUACCAUAACUACUUAAUACUCAAUGCUCAAUAUUCCAUCCUUGGAAAUCAACCUUUCUCUCUUUUAUUUUAUUUAUUAGUUUCUUAUCACUAUCAUUAACUACCUAACUAACUACACUAACUACUAUUAAAAAAGAGAGAAAAAAAAAACAAAAAGGCAAUCGUGACAUCAUCGACGAUGGGAGCAGAAUCUCUUAGGAGCGUCGGCCGGCGCAGGUCUAUGCAGGCGACAGCGGCUGACGAUGCCCUCGCGAAGAUGGGCUACAAGUCCGAGUUGCCCCGAAGUUUGAGUAUGCUCUCAGUACUCGGCCUUUCAUUCGCUAUUGGUAUGUUACCUAAUUCAUCUAUGGAGGUAUCUACGGAUAUCUUGGUUAGAGAUAUAAGUGCUAACUGUGAGAUUUAUAAUGGCCGUUCCCUAUGGUCUAAGCACUACGUUUUAUGUAUCCUUGGCAAACGGUCAGUCCGUCACUGUCCUCUGGGGCUGGGUCUUGCUCUCUCUCCUGUCUACGGCCAUCGCUGCCUCGCUAGCUGAGAUCUGCUCCGUCUACCCUACUGCCGGUGGCGUUUACUACUGGGCCGCGCUUCUGUCAACACCACGAUGGGCUCCUAUCACUAGCUGGAUUACUGGCUGGCUGACACUCGUCGGGAACUGGACCGUCACUCUCUCUAUUAACUUCGGAGGCGCCCAGUUGAUCCUCAGUGCCAUUUCAUUAUGGGACGAAGACUUUGUCGCGAACGAGUGGCAGACCAUUCUCAUGUUCUGGGCCGUCAUGCUCCUAUGCUACCUCAUCAACGUAUUUGGCUCUAAAUACCUAGACUUAAUCAACACUGCCUGCAUUUACUGGACCGGAGCUUCCAUCGUUAUCAUCCUCAUCGUUUUGUUGACCAUGUCGCCAACCAAGAGGAGCGGAGAGUUCGUGUUUGCGCAUUACGACGCCUCAAGUUCGGGAUGGCCCGCCGGCUGGUCCUUCUUCGUCGGUCUGUUGCAGCCUGCAUAUGUGCUUACCGGUUACGGCAUGGUCGCAGCUAUGUGUGAGGAAGUGCAGUCACCGGAGAGAGAGGUUCCUAAGGCUAUAGUCUUGUCCGUUGUGGCGGCCGGAAUUACGGGCCUGAUCUACUUAAUACCGGUUUUAUUCGUUCUUCCCGAGGUUCAGACGUUAUUAGAAGUAGCAAACGGCCAACCUAUCGGUCUCGUCUUCAAGACGGCAACCGGAAGUGCCGGGGGAGGCUUUGGCUUGCUAUUUCUGAUACUGGGAAUAUGGCUCUUUGCUGGCGUUGGUGCGCUAACAGCGUCGAGUCGUUGCACUUAUGCCUUUGCACGUGACGGAGCCAUCCCUGGAUCUGGUCUUUGGAGCAAGAUUGACAAGCGAUUUGACAUUCCACUCCUUGCUCUCACUUUGUCUGCAGUUGUCGAUUGCCUACUUGGACUCAUUUACUUUGGCUCAUCUGCCGCGUUCGGCAGCUUUACCGGCGUUGCCACCUUGUGCCUCUCAACAUCAUAUGGGCUACCGAUUUUAAUUUCCGUCAUCCGCGGCCGGAAGCUGUUGGUAGGCGCAUCCUACUCUUUAGGUCGCUUUGGCUUCGCUAUCAACAUAACGACGCUUUUGUGGAUUGUCCUGGCAAUCUUUUUGCUUUGUAUGCCUACGAAUCUCAGCGGGCUAGACGCCUCUAACAUGAACUACGCUAGCGUGGUGUUCGCGGGAUUCGCGACCAUCAGUAUCGUCUGGUACUUUGCCUGGGGCCGCAAGCAUUUCUCAGGACCCCCAAUUUUGAAUACGGAUCUGGCAGAGCAUGGUGUUGGGGUGGUUAAGGGGCAAUCUAUAGAUGAAGAGGUUGGGAUAAAAGGGGCAAGCUCCAAAGAAGAAGCCGAUCUUAAGACUAAAUGAUUUAGCUGACAUGUAGAUUCCACCUUGUAAGAGAAUACGAUACGAAUGAAUAGAUAGACAUACUGUAUUACCUACAC